AUAGGAACCUUACAUUUUUCUAUUACCACCACACAUUUCAGGCACCCAUGCAUGCAUGAUUGAAAACAUUAUACAAGAAAUUAUAGCUAAGAACAAAUCAGCAGAUAGCAGAACCAAAGCAACAGCCAAUAAUCAUGGUAGUGGAAAGCGUUCUUUGCAUGAAUCCAGGAGAUGGUGAAACCAGCUACGCCAAGAAUUCAUUCCUUCAAAAAACAGUGCUAUCAAAAGCUAGGCCAUUCCUAGAAGAUACCAUCAAGGACAUGUUCAGCACCGCCCUUCCCACUGGCUUCAAAACAGAAUUGGGCUGCUCUUCAGAACCCAAUACUCUGUUGUUCGUUUCUGAAAUCAUGGACGUCAUUUAUGAGCUUUGCCAACAACUGACCUGUAAACUGCCCGAAUUUCAGGUGUUUCUGAAUGACCUUACAGGAAAUGAUUUCACUACUGUUAUCAAGUCGCUGCCAUUUUUCUACGAGAAGUUUGGAAGAGGAAAGGGAGACUUGUAUGGACAGCACUGUUUCAUAUCAGCAGUACCUGGCUCUCUCUAUCAGAGGCUCUUCCCAAGCAAGAGUUUGCAAUUCUUCCAUUCCUCUUACAGCCUACACUGGUCUAAGGUGCCAGAAGGUAUAUCAAAUAACAAGGGGAACAUAUACAUGGCAAAGGCAAGUUCUCCUAAUGUAUUUAAAGCUUACUUGGAACAAUUCCAGAAGGAUUUCUCCUUGUUUCUGCGCUUACGCUCAGAGGAAAUAAUACAAGGAGGACGUGUAGUUGUUACAUUUAUCGGGAGGAGAAUUGAGGAUCCUAGAAACAAAGAUUGCUGUCUUUAUUUGGAGCUGCUAGCAAAGUCACUGCUAGACUUGGCAGCAAAGGGACUUAUUGUAGAGGCCGAUAUUGAUACCUUCAAUCUGCCAUGCUAUAAUCCUUACGAAGGAGAAGUGAGGGAAAUUAUCGAAAUGAAGGGAUCAUUCGAUAUUGAUAAGCUAGAAACUUUUGCUAUUAACUGGGAUGCUCAUGAUGAUAUCAGCGACAAAAAUUUUGUGUUUGACAAGGACCAAUGUGGACGAAAUGUGGCAAAUAUUGUAAGAGCAGUUGCAGAACCGAUGUUGGUUAGUCAUUUUGGAGAUGAAAUAAUGGAUGAAUUGUUCAAGAGGUACGCAUAGUAUGUAGGUGAACAUCUAUGCGUGGAGAAGACAAAACAUAUAAACAUACUCCUCACAAUGACAAAGAAGGAGUAGACUCUAGUGUAGUAGAUGAUGAGCGAGUUAAUUCUUCUUAAGCAUAAAUAAACUAAUUAUCUAUGGAAGUAGUUUUGGCUCAUAAUGAAUA